AGACCCUGUUGAAACAAACCGACCGCACCGAGGAGCGAGUGACGACGACGUGCUAACUAGUUAGCCGGGUAGCUACCACUAUCUGGUGUGUUCGCGGUGGGGGCGAAUUUCUGUAUAAAAUAGGAUACAAAAACAGCAUAUAUUGCAUUUUAGUUUAGUUUAGCCACCCGGGUAAUUUAAUUAUGCCCAGCAAAAAGAAGAAAUACAACGCCAGAUUCCCUCCGGCAAGGAUUAAGAAGAUUAUGCAGACAGAUGAAGAAAUAGGCAAAGUGGCUGCAGCAGUACCUGUUAUUAUUUCAAGAGCCCUGGAGCUUUUUUUGGAAUCGUUGCUCACAAAGGCCUGUCAAGUCACCCAAUCUAGGAACGCAAAGACAAUGACAACGUCGCAUCUAAAGCAGUGCAUUGAGCUGGAGCAACAGUUUGAUUUCUUAAAAGACCUGGUGGCCACGGUGCCAGAUAUGCAGGGUGAGGGAGAAGAGAACCACACCGAGGGGGGAGGAGAGAAAGUCUCGCGCAGAGGUCGAAAACCAGGGUCCGGUCGCAAGAAUGGAGGUGCUGGCGCCAAAGGCAAGGACAAGAAGUUAUCUGGAACAGAGUCAGAACAAGAGGAUGAAUCUGAAUUCAGCGACACAGACGGGGACGAGGAGGACGGCUCUCAGUCGAGCACAAAUCUGCAAGCUCCAUCCACGUUCCACAGCGUUAACACCCCCACUCAGUACAUGCACAUGGGCAACUUGGUUGUGACGCAACCCCUGGACAUGGUGCUUACCCCACACACCUCCAUGAUGGGCUUAGGACCAGCUCCCACGGCACCCGCACCACACAAGAACGGGGAUGACGACGACGAAGACUAUGACUCUUAGCUCGUUCUCACCGCUCCACUCACUCUCUUACACAAACACACACACACACACAGUCUUUUGACGUUAUUUUUUUGAAUUCUUAAGUUUAUUUUCUAGCGGCUGCUGUAAGCAUAGGAGCGAGAGACUCUUCAUUGCAGCCUGCUGACCAAAAAAGCCCUUGACGGCAAGCUGUAAGAGCCACCACCGCGCGAGACACAAUACCUGUAUAUUAUGCGUUUUAAUUUUCAUUUUUUAAGAGGAUCUUUUAUUUUAUUGUAGAGGAGAGUCCAACAAGGAUGUUUUUUAACAAGUCAGCCGCUUGAUUUUUGACUAGGAAAAAUGACAGGUGUCACUGUUUUUUGCCACGAGCCCCUUACAGACACAAUAGGUUUGGGCUGUCGCCUCGCAGCUUUUUCUUUUCUUUUUUUUUUCUCUUUUAGAAACUUUUCUUUUUUCCUCAGUUUUCUGUUAGAGACCCGAACAUAUCAGUCAUCGUCGCUCAGACCCUCAGGUUGGCUAAAAGAAACCAUACAUAGUAAUUAAAGCCUUUGAUUCAAGGCAACAGCAGGGUAUUCGGAAGGUGAUCAUCAGGGAGGUUGGUGUCUCACUGCUUAAGUGUUAUGACUAUGUUAUAGAUUGGUUGUGAUAUACAGCUGUUAAGCUGCAACCCCUACUUCCCGGCUUUGUCACAACUUGCAGCCCAAUUGUUAAGCUGUAAUGUAACAUAAACAAGGAAGCAGGUGUAUGUUUUACUAUAGGUUAGCUAGCUACAGCUUCUUCUUUUUUUCCAAUUAGUUUCCAUUUUUAAGUCACGUUUUUAUCAAGAGAACGGUAAACCUCCACAGCCCUGAAGUCAAUCAUAUCAGCAGGCUUACAUUGUUUGUUGUUUAUGGCUCUGCCAGAGGUCAGUUGCUUUGGCAGUUGGAGCUAAUUAUUAUUAGCUCCAACUGCCAAAUAGCCCUAAAUUUCCCAUCAGAAGUAUACUGUGACUCUUGGACCAUAUGUUUGUUUUUAAAAGCUGUUUUUUUUUUUGUCCCCCCCCCCCCCUCUCUCUCUUUCUGUUGUCCUCUCUGUUUUCUGUUCUGGCCUCUCCUCCAAUUUUGAGUCACUUGCUCCUUUAUCUUGCCCUUUUUCCUCCCCUUUUUAGAUUCUUUUAAAUGUAUUGACUGAAAGCAGCGUUGGGGCGCCCAUUUAUGUGUCAGUCUCAGUAUGAAAUGGCCUCAAACAGACAGUUGGCACUGUAUUGUAAACUUUUAACAUUCUUUUUAUUUUGUAUGUAAAAUAAAGUUCAUAUUUCAAUUUA